GUCGCAUUUUCACAGCAGCUUGGCUCGACCUCGAGCAUGCUCAGUGGCGCUCUGACCUACUUAUGCACGCCGAAGCCGGGGAGUUCUGGGGCUGCCGCUUUCACUGCGCGAGGGAGCCGGCGACGGCGCUGCGGCUUUCGGGGGAGGCGCGCAGGGCGCGCGCGCGCGUGGAAUGCUGCAGCGUCCCGACGUUCCACGGUGGAACCUUCGUGGACACGCCGGCGUUCCAAAAUCGAACGCGUCGCCCGGCAAGCUGCUCGAGGCGCAGCGGCGGAGCUCGUAAGAAGGGUUGCGGUCCAGAAGCCGGGACGGCAGGAAGGAAGCGGCCGCUGCGAGCACUCCUGUAUCCCAUUCCCUUUGCCGUAUCGCCGGGCGCAGUGGCGGCGAGUAACGUCGGGACGGUGAUUUGCAGGUAAAAAAAGAGAGAGGAAGAAAAGUGGGGUGGGAUGGGGAGAGAUCGCCUUUCCAGCUACGCUGACGCUUACUAGCGAAGUGAGGUGGGGGUGGUUGGAGAGAGAGAGAGAGGUGAUGUUUUCAGGAGAAUGACGGCUCUGGUCGCUCUGUUUGUUGCAACUUGUAGGAGUGUGGCGCCCGAAACAGGUUUUGAUGGGGAUGAUGAAACCGUGGAAAGUCGACGUGAGACUCGGGCAGGGCUUCUGCGGUGCCAGAGCAGGGAGCUAUUUAAUGUGUCACAUUGAUCUUACCGCCUUUCUUCGGGCGAAAGCGCUCCAGGCGAUCUCCAUGCUAAUGCAGCCGCCUACCUGGGAGGAAACGAAUCCGAGCUCAGUGGGACUUACUUCUGAGUAGACGUGUGUCGGGUGGUUCUGUAAGAGGCAACGGGAUAGGAAGGGGAAAGGAGAGGAGGAUGUGUGCUUCUGUUUGCUAGCAAGAUUCAUUUGGUCUAAGUCAUAUGGGAGUAAAACAUAAAGAAAAUGAAACUUUUUAAGAGAGUGCAUCUGAGCAUAUGCAGAAUUUUGCGUGAAGAAGAAGGACUUCCAGGCCAAAAAAGGCCCAGCAGGCUUAAGUCACAAUCCCUUUCUUUUAAGGAAUUAAGGAUUUUUAGAGUUGGGGCUCCCAGCAUCCAAAGUAAACAGCAUUAGCAGUCUAGAGAUUGCCUUGGAUUUGAUACCAUUGGUGGAUAUAUUUGUGAGUGAGAGAACCUAAAAUCCCAUUCACCUACCUCUGAAAUUUUUCUAGGAACUGGGUCCUUGAACAAACUAGACAUAAGGAUGAUAUUGUGUUGCCUUUGGAGCACUUGUUUCUGGGAAGGGGGUCUAUCAGAGUUGACACCAAUGAAUUUGGAAUGUUUCUUUAGUCUCAGGCUGUGUAAAGGAAUGCCCAAAAGGCACAUUUAAAGAACACUCAGAGCCCUCUCCAAAUUCCUUGCACUCUCGUUUGCUAUGGGUUGCUUGGAACUGUAACUCUCUGAGGGGUGAACUACAGUGCCCAGAAUUCUUUGAGGGGGGAUGUGUUUUCAGUGUGCUUUAAAAGUAUAGUGCAUGCACAACCAGGAAAAGAGAAAUGUUCAGGGAGGGUUAUUUAGUAAAUACUGAAAUGGCCAAGUACAGCUCAAAGGCCUGGAGUGAGUGCUUUUGAUGGCAAUCUGUGUGUAUGCGACUUGGGGGUUGGGGAGCGAGUUUGAUUCAUGCCUGCCUGGGAGUGUUCGGUGGAAUAACAACGCAAUGAAAGUGUUGCAAAAGAGAGAGAUAGAAACAAUCCCAUCAGGUAAUUCUUGGAGUCGGGUAUGAUGCCAUGGCUAGAGCAAUGUUGCACUUUGUGUUUUGAAGUUCCUUUUGUUCCUUUUGCCUCGGUGCCCAAUACAGUACAUGCCGAGUUGAUAAUUUGAACUUGGUGUUUAAUUUCUCAUCCAUUUCUCUGAAGCAGUAAAUGCAAGCAAAUAACCUUUUCAAAUUGGGAUUUUGCAAAAGUCCUUGAAUUUAAUUUAAACUGUCUGCUAUCUUUCAGCACUUUUAAUUAAAGGUGUUUCUUAUUAGAAUAGUUCCACAAGAUGCUUAUCUGGAUACUGUAAAUGGCCUAAAGGAGCAGCCAUGCAGUUUCAUGCUUUUCAUAGCAACCUGACAUUAUCCACUUCAACAGUACAAACCCUGCAAUGAAGGGAAAUCGUGUGAAACAAAGCAGACAAGAGCAUCCAACUCAUUCCUAUUUCAUUUGUAAUAUAUAAACUUCACAUGUGACACUAUACAUUUCUAAAGCUCCAAUAAUAUUGUUGGAUCUUUCAGAGAAUGAAAUGCAACCUUUUCAGAACCUCCUCCCCACACACAAAAGAUAACUUGUCCAAUGCUGCAAUUCCAGAACCACAAGUCUUCCCCUUUUUCAAGGUCAUGUCCUCUCUUUGUUUCAGAGGUACAAUAUCUACUUGGCCUAUAUGAGUUCUCGUUUUUGAUGUACAUCAGUGCAACAUAGUUUUUUUUAUCAAUGAGAUUGAAGCAGCUGCCUUUGUUAGAUUAGACAAAGUUUAUCAAGGCCUGUACUCUGAUUCCAAUAGUGGCCAGCCAGAGCUCUCCAUUAAUGUAAGGAAACAGGCAUUUCUUGUUAUCUCUCUCUCAACUUAGGGGAGCUGAGAAUGAAGCUUUAGCUCAGUGGUGGGUGGGUGCUUGCUUGCUUGUUUUUCCAGAAGAAGGUCUCAGGUUCCAUUCUUGGCAUCUCCAGGUAGGGCUGGGUAAAAUUCCUGCCUGAAACCCUGGAAAUGCCUUUCAGAUAUUGCAGACAGUUCUAAGCUUAGAUGGACCACUGGUCUAACUUGGUAUAUGUUCUUUCCUAUUAUUGAACACAGAGGCUGCCAGCAUGUUUUUAGCUCCCGUAAACGUGGGAGCUGGACCAGUGUGAUUGCUGCCUUCUUUAAGGUUGUUCCUGCAUCACCCCAUCUACAUCAGGGAUGGCAAACCUGAGGCUUUGUGGAAGUGGUUGGACGCCAAGUCCCACCAUCCCCAGUCAACAUUUUUAUACAGUAUUUAAGCAAAGGUGGGGCACAUGGUAAUCUACCACGCCAGCAAUGUCCUCUCCAAUUUUUUCUAGGUAGCAGUAAUGUGUACAUUGGACUUAUAACUUGAAAGUUUCCUUAACAGGCUGCACCAGUCACUGGAUCACCAUGGAAGCAGCUUUCCCACGCAACUGAUCUACUGUCUCAUAUAUGAGCCAUUCUCUCACUUUACUUUGUUGGUGUUACAUGUAUCUAUUUUCAUCUGAUAAACACUGGAGGAAAUUUAAUAUAUAUCUUGCUGCUGAGCCCAAAUAGUAGUCCACAAGCAAAACGUGAGCAGGAACAGAGAACCAUAUAAUCCCAAUGCACAAUGUAGCCCUUAAAUCCACACUGUAGGCCAUAGACGCUCAAUAGAUUGAAAAAGCAAGUAGCUCCCAAUCUACCUAUCCCACAGAGCUUGGAAAAGCACUAAAGAGUUAUUGCGAGCAUCUAUCAUAAGAACAAAAUCAUACAGAGACCUGUGAAGAAGAAAUUGCAUCUGAGAAGCUGGAGCUGAUGGCAGUUCUGAAGCAGCACAGAGUCGCCAUGGUUUAUGAGAGCAGCAGGGAAAAUUACAGGUUGCACCCAGGAAAAAGAGGGGAGAAGGGUUCGUGUCUUGGGCAUGGGACAUUUUGCUCUCAGUGUCCAAUCCACAUGCAAAAGCUAGCCUGACUGGCAAUGGACUCUGACUUCAACACAGCACAGCAGCAUCCUCCACCUACUUGAAAGCAGCAAGCUAGUUUAGGGGAUGCAAGGCAGGCUGUGUGACACACACAGCUCUGUCCUUGAACACCUUGCCACUGCUCCCCGUUCCUCAACAUUUGCCACCUGAAGCAGCUGCCUCACUCUGCCAAGUGGUAAGAAAUGAGUUCUAGGGUUUGCAUUCCUAGCUGCUUCCGGAACAUUAGUACACAGCUACCAUCCUCACUGGGAAGCCACAGCUAUUAAUCUUUCCCGCUCCCCACAUAAUCAUCACAUAGGAAGUGGACCUGACAAGGUAAAGUAGCCGACACAGGCCAUUACUCUUCUUCAGCAACUGUAGACCUGGUUUAUGACCCACACCAACAUCUUUCCAAAGUCAGAGAGUUGCUUACAGCCCAUAGAUAUUGCAAGGCCCAUCCUGCUGAGCCUGAGAUCCGGUGUAUUUCUUAAACAAUGGCAACGACACCACUGGGGGUAGCAGAUCAAGGAUUAUAGAAAUCAAAAGAAUUAUAUAUGAUCUUGGCAGCACAAACCGUCAUUGCAACUCAGUGGAAAACAGCCCCAAAUCUUGCACUGGAUGCUUGGUAUUGCUCACUCAGGAGUAUAGCUAUAAUGAAGAAAAUCACACAUAAUUUGAGAUUUUGACAUGGACUAGAACCUCCAGACCCUUUUUAUAUGAUUUGGCAUUCCUUGGUGGCAUAUACAGUAUACAAGCCUUGUCACAAACCAGGCACAAACCACAAACCAGGCAGAUCUGGAACUAUUUGAUACCUGAUCAAUUUGAUAGUCUUUACUUGAACUUUUAUUUUAACUCUUCUAUGUGCCUAUUUUAAAGUUUUGUUUUUCAUCUUUUAAUUGUUGUCUGUUGUUAUAAUUGUUAUCUCUGUUUUAUACACAUUAUAACAUGAAAUAAUUAAAAAAACUUUUUUUGGAAAAGGAUUAUAGAAGUGAAGCAAGUUUCUUGCCAAGGAUGUGGGAGACCCACACUGUAGAUCUCUUAUUAUAAGGAUCCACAUAAACCUCAGUCUGUCCCUGCAGUCCCUUGGUUUUCAUAAAAUAUUAGCAACGGCUGUGAUUUUGUUCAGAUUUAGCCCCAAUUAAACUGUGCUCAUAAAAAAGCCAUUGUAGCCACUUCACUAUAAAUACCUUGUUGGAAAAGAGCUGAGAAGUGCUGAGAAGUGUUUUGUUUACAAUGUAAUAACCAAUGUUUGGGGACUGGAUAAAGUAUGUCCGUAUACAACAGCUUUAUUGUCCAAAAGUUCUGGGUUUCUCCCAGAUGCCUUGGCACUUCAGUAAAAGAGACUGUACUGUCUUUGCCCAUGUUAAAUAAUAAAAUCAUUUUAGAUAAGCAUUCAUAGGCCUAGUCUGCAAGGAAUUGAGAGAAAAGCUUGGAUAAAACUAGAAAACAAAAUGAAAUGCAGAGGAGAAUGUGAAAACUUUUCAUUUUAUAACUCAAAAGAAAGCAUUAUGCAUAGGCCUGUGUGCAAAUAUGGGGGAGUGUUAAAAUCCUGCUGUUUAAUUAAUUUGGGGUUCUUUCACCUCAAUGAAAUGUAAAUGACCCACUUUGCAUCCUUACAUUAAAGUGUUAGGGGUGUUCUUCAUGUAUGUAUUCUGAAUGUGUUUGCUCCAACAAAUAGAAAAGUAUUGUUGCCAUUUCCUUUGGCAAAGAGCAAGCACAUGAGAAAUGCUUUGGUUGAAAAUGUCUCUGCUUUGUGUUUAAAAAGAUACAGAACAGGUCUAUCAACAGCUAUUGGCCAAUCCUGUUUUAGCUAGCUAGAGCUUACAAAUUCAUGGUUAGCAAGUCGCUGAAUUCUUGUUGCUUGUGGGUGGGGGACAAAUAAUAUGACAGCAUUGCUGCCUUCGAUCCUGUUAGAGGCCUUCCUGGAAGCUUCAGGCUCUGGGCCAUCUCUAGCUAUAAAGUCACUUCAAACAGCAUUGCUACUACAGGUGUAAAUACACCCUAAGACUUAAUUCCCCCCAAACUAUAUGAGGAUUCCUGAGUACUUUUGCAAAGUCCAUUGCUUUCCUAGAGUUCCAAAUCUGCCUUCAUUCCUAGUACAGCCUCAAAACUAGUAAAUAUAUUAGUUUUGUCAUGCUAAUUAUUGACUUAAAACAAUUAUUCUAAAAUUGCAAGUAUUAACUUGCUCAGAUUAGAUUUAAUAACUGCUUAUGAACUGCUUCUGAUGUUUCAGAAACUGGUCCUAAUCACAAAACUGGUAAUCAACCUCCUUGUAUCUAUCUAAUGAUAUUGGAAUGAGGAAAGACCAUUCAUUAACACCUGGUAGCUACAUGUGCCCCUGGGGUCCUGUGGGUGGAAGGACAGGAUAUACAUCAAAUAAAUAAUAAUGAUAAUUAAAAAAAAAAUACAUGCAGCUUACAGAAAUAGGUCUACGCCCUUAAGCCCUAGAUAUUAGAGCUGAGUUGAAGGUUCUAUCUCAGAACCUUUCUUUUGAAGAUUUGUGUAUGGAGAAGUAUGUGUAGGUAGGGAAUGGAAAGAAAUUUAGGGAGAUUUUGAAGACUGCAGAUCAACAGAUGAUGCAAUUCUGCGAACAUAGAGUGGGCUUGCCAUGUUCCUCCAUAAAGCCUCACUUGGAGCGACACUGACUAAGGAUUGGGAAGAAAUUCAACUGAGUGUGUGUUUAAAGGCACAGCUACCUAAUUUGCACUUUCAAAACCGCAUGUGAAGCAAAACACAGCCGCCUUCAAAAUUCAGACUUCCGAAUUUUGCAGUGCAAGUAAUGUGUACAAAAAUGCACAUACUAGGAUAAUGUGUGCAGAUGUUAGUGAAAACAACACACAAAAUAUAUCUCUGUUAGGAAAUUGAUUUCCAAAAGUGUGUAUAUAGUAUAAAAAGAUGCAUACAAACAUGUUCAGAUAAAUUCACACUAAAAUAUUGAUGAAUUUUCAAGUUCUUUAAAAAUGCAAAGUGAUGUGGUGAACUGAACUUAAAACGAGAAAAUGAGAAAGUGAUUGGUACCAAAAUUAACAGUUUAGCCUAUCCUUCUGACAUAGUGUCAUUCCACUGAGCAUUAUGGGUAUACAUGGUAACUGGCCAGAGAGCAGCUGCUGCUGCUACAACAGCAACACUGAAUUAUUACUAUUAUUGAUUAAAUUUGUUUGUUGCUUUAGCUUGCCCAAGGCAACCCAAAGCAACUUGCAAACAAACAAGGCAAAAACAAAACCCACACAGGUACAUUGAAACCUUUAAAAAUAUUCGGUUAUUGUUUAGUUGUUUAGUCGUGUCCAACUCUUCGUGACCCCAAGGACCAGAGCAUGCCAGGCACCCCUGUCCUCCACUGCCUCCCGCAGUUUGGUCAAACUCAUGCUGGUAGCCUCGAGAACACCAUCCAACCAUCUCGUCCUCUGUUGUCCCCUUCUCCUUGUCUUUCCCAACACCAGGGUCUUUCCAGGGAGUCUUCUCUUCUCAUGUGGUGGCCAAAGUAUUGGAGCCUCAGCUUCACUCUAGUGGAGAGUUUUGAUCAAACGUGAUCCACCUGGAGCAGGAACUGGCAAGCCACUCCAGGAUCCCUGCCAAGAAAACUCCAUGGACAAAGACAAAAACAUUCUACCCACUUCUAAUAGCCCACAGAUAGUUAAAGGCCAAAAGCCUGGUUAUAAAGGAAUUGUUUCGCAUGACACCUAAAGAUAUAUAAGAAGUGGGGUAUAGAGCUUCUGCUCCCAGGAAACUAAAAAUUCAUAUAAUUUCUUCCCAUCCCCAAACAAAUCCCUGAACACACCCCUCCACUUUCACCGCCUACGAAUGGGUCUUUGGAAGUGGGGCGGUAUUGUGCAGAUUUGUUCUCUCUCCUUUGUGAGUAUCAGAGCCUUUUGUUGAAACGUUACCUUUUAUGAGAACUACAAACUGUUCAGUGAAUUUAAAAAAAAAAAAAAAGCUUGAGGAAAUGUAACACUAUUGUCAAUAGUAACACUUCGUGGUCUUGUAAAAGGAGUUAAUCGCUUUUUUAAAGAAUGUGUGCAAGUUCCUUAAGAACAGUCUCCACCUAACAACCAGGAGGAUUAUAAAUGUUUGAUUAAGGAUGUUUGACCUGUAGGCCCAAGUCAGAAAUACGCUUGCACCUUUGAUUGAAAUAGUGAUAGCACCCAAACCUGUAAUUUGCUGAACCCUUGGGUUCAGUUUCUGUUGCAAUAUUUGCCUUUUCCUUUCCCACCCCAGCCUGGGUAGCAGGACAGAGAGGCCUCGCACUGAGUCCUUGGUUAGGCCUUCAGCUCUGCUACAGCAGUGCCCAUCUCAACAUAAGGACCAGUAUAGGAUGCUGUUUUGAAUGCUUGCAACACAAACCAUUGGAAAUGUAGCUCUCGUUAUUCUACUAAAGGCAACAGACGCUGAGGACUAUAUUUACUAUGAGUUGUAUUCAAAGUAGCACUAAGUGGCUGGGGCAAGCCAGUCAGAUGAGUGGGGUACAAAUAUUAUUAUUGUUAUUGUUGUUAUUGUUAUUAUUGUUGUUAUUAUUAUUAAGCUCCUUGUGCAAGUGGAACAACUUCUGUCUGCGCAAUUGGACUUCUUCCAGUCUCCACUCACCAGCCAUAGCUGUCAACUUUUCCCUUUCCUUGCGAGGAAUACUAUUGGGAAUAAGGGAAUUUCCCUUUAAAAAAGGGAAAUGUUGACAGCUAUGCCACCAGCACCCCCUAAUUCUGUUCUGGCAGAUUCCCCAACACUCUGGAUCAGAUUUGGGAUUGCCAUGGGGGCAGGGUCCUGUUGUGGAAGUUGUUCAACUCACACAAUUAUUCAGUUGAAUACUGCCCUAUAAUUCCAGCUGCAGCAACAACUUAACAGGAGCUCUACCACAAAGCUGCUCCCUCUGUUGUUGCUCCCUGGUAAGCUUUUGAGAAAGGGAAGUAGUGGCAGAGGACUUGGAGAGAUGGCCUCAAGGUAAAACCCAUUGCAAAUUAUCACUAAGCUGGGACUGUCGAUAGUACUUCUGAGCCCAAACACCUCGUUACAGAAGCAGGUCUCCUCCAACCCCAUGGCUGUUCUGAAAAAUUGGAUGGAUUGGUGUCCUUUAGUUCUUUGUUUGUUCACUUUGUUUAAGCUCCUUAAGUUUAGGUAUCUAUAGCCAGACAUGAGUUAAUAGCAAGUAUGUAUAGUAAUAAUGCAGGAAUUACAAAUACUCUCUAGACACUGUUUGCCGUCCCUAGAAUCUUGUGUUGAUUCCUCCAUACACUCUGGAGAUCAGAGGCCAACAGGACCUAUAAAUCUUAUCAAGGAACCGUGAAACCUCAAUAUCCCUGAUUUUUUACGGUUCUUCUCCCUCUUGCUGACUUUUUUUGUUUCCAUGCCCUGUUGAUUCUUCUUGCCUAUGCAGGAGGUAAGGAACUUUAGGAUUCGUUCUCAAGAGAGAGAGUCUUUCUCUUUCUGUAUUUCACAUCGCAAACUUUGGGAUUUCCCCUGGAAUACACUCUGUAUAUGGGGACUCUCUCAGGCCACACCCACCACCAGAGCUGCUUUGCACCUUCUUCUUACGUGUUUUUGCCUGUCUGUAGUGUGUCCUUGCACUCUGACCUUGUUUCUUUUUUGACUGGAGGGAGGGAAGUGUAAGUGUGAAGAAACUAACUCACCAUACAAAGGUAAAAUUCAUAUGUCUUGCUCCUCCCACUUUCGCAUCUGGCCCUUGCACCACUUUCAUGUGGCCCCCUGGAAGGCUGACUUGAAAAGGAUUUGGACACUGGGCUGAAAAUGUUUCCCUACUCCUGUUCUAGAGGAGGGCCUGGUCCAACAGCUCACCAGAAUAUACUGCUUGCCUUAUUCCAACACUGAUUUUGAUAUGGCUCUAGCAAAUCCUAUGAGAUCUACCAAAGUCUCUAGACACCCGUAUACAUAAUGGGAUAUAAGUUUGCAUACACGUCCUAAAGCACGAUCUACAAUUUAGCCUUGUCUUUCUCUUCCUAGUAGCAAUGCACUAUUGUCCUGUAACAAGUCAAGCCCUUUUGGACACCUGGAACGCAAUAAAAUGUACCACUUUCCCUGUUUGGAUCUUGCUUCUGCUUCUGUUUUAGGAAAGGAAGCAAGGAGGACAAGCACACAAAAUUAGAUUUGCUCCUUAUUCCUGUCUCUGACUAAUGGCUGAUUCAUUACUCGCACUGGAAAACAGAAGGGUGUUGUUGCCUGCGCAUUGCUGAGCCAUAGGAAGCAUAUGAAAUAGGAAUAGAUGAAAGAGUUCCCUAGCAGGAAUUUCUCUAACCACUGAGUGGCUGCAAACAGUUUCCCCUGUAUAUCAGGGAUUAGGGGCAAUGGCUUCCAGAUCAUGGGAUCGCUUCCGUAAACAGAGCCCUGAGCCCUAGCAGAUCUUUUUUUGGAAAUUAAACACUGGAAACAGUUAAAUGGGGGAGGGGAGAGGCAAGUGGUAUGGCAGGGAGGCUGCAGGCAGAAGAUGGGGAGAAUUAGCCUAAGAGUCCUGAUUUUGCAUUUCUCUCCUUCAUUCUUAACAAUAAGAGGGAUUUAACUGCCUGAUACAUAUGUGGUGUUAACGUGCAUAUAUUCCACAUGCACUGCAGCUUUGAAGAAGCAGCUGUACUCAAAGUCAUUGCCUGGGGUAUUCUUGUAAUGAGUUAAACAAAUAUCUAAUAAAGAGAUACAGCUGUUUCUGGAAUAAUAGCUUUGUGUACCAAGCUACAGAGAGUGACUUGCCCGCCCUCAUAAAUAAACAGGGCUUCUAAAUAAAUCCAGAUGAUUUAUGCAGCUGUCGUAUUCACAAGCCCCUCAGAACUCCUCUAAAGAAUAGAUGAAAUCAACCAAGCAAGGAACUAAGUGAACUUUUUUUUUAAAAAAAGACCUUCAUCAAAAAAAAAAUAUAUAUAUAUAUAUAUAUAUAUAAUCUUCACCUCAGCUGCACAGUGUUGUUUUUGUUUACCAGAUUUUUACCAGCAGAGCAAUAUUGUUUAAAAGGCAAGCAGAUAAAUUUCAACCCAAAAAAUCCACUAAACCAUUUUCAUGCAGAAAAAGUAUGUUUCUUUGUGGAAGAACUUUACUCUUUUCUUCUCUUUCUUUUUUAUUUCAGCCUUAGCAUUGAUUCAGAUGCUAUAUAAAACUCUGGGGACUGCAGAUAUGGGAAUCUCUCAUGCUUCUGAAUCCCCGCCCCCCAGUAAUGUUUCCGGACAGCAGCUCUCAUCAUGUCUGACCAUUGGCUAUGUUGUCUGGGGCUGAUGGAAGUUGGAGGUCAACAAUAUCUAGAUAGACGCUUGAGACCUAGGGGAUUCAGAGAUUGCUGCUCCCAUAUGAACCCACCUGGAAUGCAGGGAUUGGGCUGAGAGUCAUCCCCCCCCCCCUUAUCCGUGCCUUGAGCGUUAUAAUUUUAUUGGAAAUUCAAACACGAAAAUGAUUUUUGCAUCCAUAAUCCAAUUCAUAACCAAUUCAUAUAGGUGAUAUCCUAUAUGAUAUCCAAUUCAUAUAGGUGAUAUCCAGCAUUAAUCAUGCUCAGAGUAGAUCCAUCAAAAUCAGUAGACAUGUUACUUAAGUUCAUUAAUUUCAGUGGGUCUCCUUUUGAGGAUGAUUAAUGUUGGAAUGUAAUGUGUGAUGACAUUUAGGGCACAAUCCUGUGGUCACUAAGAAGGCAUCCCGGGAGCCAUGGGAUUUUGCAGUGUUCCUUCCCCUGUUCCCCCAAGAUUGCCCCCAGGUGGGGCUGGGGAGAGAUGAAAGCCCUACAGCUGGAAUACCUCUUUCCCCUCAGGCUACCUCCUUUACUACCACAAAUUCUCCCUCCCCUACUCAUACUAGAUUGCUCUGCCCAUUGAUAGUAGCCAAAGGAUAUUCCAAGUUGUGCUCUUUAAAAGAAAAUGAAGGUGACACCUUCUGGUUUCAAGACCUGUUGUUACGAUCCAUAUUCUGAAGGCAUUUACAAGUCAAAGAAAGAUUUUGCUGGGGCCAUGCACAAAGAAAAAACUAAGAUAGCUUGGCUAACUUCAUUGGUACUUGAUACUCCUCAAGUGAACAGAUAGCUAGAGAGAUGGAGGAUGUUGGCUUUUUGCACAUUUUCUAUUCUCAAGGAGAGUCCAUAUUCAAAGUUCAAUACUUUAUAAAUUGGGAAAUUAUUAUUAGUCAUGAUGGUAGCACUAAUAAUUAAUUCACGAAUCGCCUUUUACAGAUCUGUCUCAAGGUGAUUUGCAAGCAUAUAAAAACCGCAAACAUAUGUUUAAAAACAAUACAAAGAACAACUGCAAAUAGGGUUUGAAAUGCAUAACAUAAGACAGAGACCUUUUCAUUUGGCUGGAAAAACUUGUCGAAAUGCAACUCCUCUGCCAAUUAUUGCAAUCAUUCAUUGCUUUUCAAUUGCUGCAUGGAAUGUGGCUGUGCAAGUAUUAUAAGCACUUAUGCACAGUGCCUGUGGCAUUGCUUGUGAAAAGCAAACACAGCCUUCUUCCUGUUCCCAUGCCACUUUUACUUAAUUGUUAAAAAUGUUCUUGCUGCUUGUAGGUCCUCCAUUGGGCUAUUUCGUAAUUAUGCAGCUCUCUGAUACUUGUGUUUUAAGGGUGCUUCCAGACUGGCUGUGUGUUGUAGGUUUGGUGUUCCUCAGUUUAUUUGCUUCUAAAGAAGGCUAACAGCAGCUUGGUUUUCCCCACAGCUAGGCUAUACCCCGUCCUGCAGAGAUUCAAAUCCCUGCUGAUAAGGAAAUGCAGUAUCACAUGAAGGCUGCAAUCCCAAUCCCACUUUCUUGAGAGUAAGUCUCAUUGACAUUUUAAUGAUUUGGCAAAAUUCCCCUCUUACGCCAUUUUUACACCCGAAAACCAGCACAUGUCAGGAAUUUACCUGACGUAUGCAAGCCUACAUAAUUACACUGUAAAUGUUCUAGGGUGGAACUUAUACAAAUGUAAUACCAAGGACAAAAAAUGUCCCAAUAAACUUGGAAAGCAGAAACUGUUUUGACUUCACAAGCUCAUAAGAAAGAAAUAAGAGUAUCACUCAUUUUAAAUCCAAAUUUACUUUUGUUGUGCUGUUGCGUUUGUUGGGUUGUGAUUUUCCAGCCCAUAUCUAUAGGUAUAACUAAAAUUACUUGAAUCUGUGAGCAGAUGAAAGAAAUGAUUAUACAGUCCUUUCCCCAAAAUUAAUGAUGUGCCUGAAACAGAUUGCUAUGAGAGAAGUUAUUGCAUCUACACUCCACCCAGAACUGGUAUUGGAGUGAUUAAAUGCUUCAUUUGCACAUUACAACAUGUGAUUUGUAGAUGUGGCAGAGUGAUGUGGCUUCAAAGCAAGCAAAUUUGACUGCAGGUCCAGUGUAUGGUAAUAAGUAUCACAAAACAGAUUUGUUUGCAAAGAAUGCACUCAUGUCAACUGCUAAGAGAAGUGCUAUCUGCACAUGAAAUAAUAUGUACCUGGGUAACUUUAGCCUUGAUUUGAAUAUACCUGCCAAUUUUCCUAUGAUAAACAUACAGUACCUUUUGUAUUCCAUCAUGGAGUGGGGGGGGGACAAAUGAGACAAAACAAACAAACCCUGCUGUUCCUGAUUGGUAAGACUGGGGGUGGAAAGGACCCUGCCUAAUAUAAUCCUAUGCAUGUCUAUUCAGAAGUAAGUUACGUUCCUAGGUAGGAAUGAAUGGACAGAGUUUCUCAUUUUCCCCUAACCAGUUCUCCGCAUUUCCUAAGAACGCUUACUAAUGAGUGAUCCCCAUUGAACAGAAUGGGACUUACUUCCAAGUAAACAUGAAGAGGGUUACACUGUUAGGCUGUGUCUAAGGCUCUACACUCUCUCUAGGAAGCAAGUUCCCUUGAAGACAGUAGAUCUUUCUUUUGAAUAAUGCAUAGGGUUGUACUACAUCAGAUCAUACUAUAUUCCUUUUUCUGCUUGCUGCAGGGAAGUUGGGAGAGGGGAAGAAAGAGAUUUUAUUGUGAGAGAAGGUAUGCACACAUGCAUUUUGGCGUAGUAACUUUCAGGCGGGUGCGGUGCUUUGAAGAUGCUGCCACAGUAUAUAAGUUGAGUGUGUUUCAGUGCCUAUAAUUCAGCUAGCGCUAGUGAAAAGGAUGGGGAUGGAGAGAUCCCAGAGGUGAUGUUGUUCAACUAUAAAUGGCUCAUAGAGUUGGAGACAAUUGCUUGCUCAUAUAAAAACUGUGAAAAGCCAGAGAGAUCGCAGCUACCAAUGAGUGGGACUUAUCGAUCACCCUUUCUAGCCUGUCAUUGCCUUGAGUUCACAUCGUUGAGACUGCACAUUAACCAGUGAACUUUUGAACCCAAUGUGUUGCCAGAAGCGGAGCCCAUGCUGUACACCCGGGGGCGGGGCCAUGAGGGUGGGGCGAGCAUCCCAGGGGGUGAGACGCCCAUGGGGGCAGAGCGACCUGUCCAUGGGGGAUGGAGCGAGCCACCCAUGGUGGGCUGCUUCCUGGGCGGGGGCAGGGGAAGGGAGCUGGGCCACUUUGCCAGCAGCCUUCCUCCCUUCCCUCUUCCUUUUGACAGCUCAGGGGAGGCUCCCCCCCCCCCCAGAAGCAACCACGACUCCCAAGCCUCCCCCAACUUGGGAGUCGUGGCCAAAUGUCACCCCCCUCAGUGAUGACACCUGUGGCGAACCGCCCCCACCGCACCACCUUCUUCCACCUCUGUGUGCUGCAUCAGUAAAUCCUAAUGUUUUGCCUUUCCUUCCAAGCCAAAAUCUGUAGGUUGCAUAUGAUAAUCUUGUUUAGAAGUACAUUGGUUUGGAUACUCUUAAAACAUGUCUUCAUGAAAUUUAGAGCCUCCUAUGUCAUUAUAAAGGGUUGCAUUAAUUAAUUUGCAGGGCACAGUACCACAUAAAGAGGUGGCCAAGCAUUGCUUUGUUGUGUUGGGAUUAAUGGGAGUGUGACAACAUUUUGCUUCCAUAACGCUUUCUUCUAUUCAUUACAUGACACAAUCAAGGGAAGGAUUACAACUGAGGGCUGUGAAAAUCCUCACCAGCCACGGACUUGUUAACCAUUUGAAGCUACUGGGCUACCCUAAUUUCUGCAGAAACUUUUUGCAGACCAUUCCCUUCGGUGUUUCUGCUUUUGGGCAAUUCUCAGUCAGGGAGGAAAGAAAAGCCUCCUGGUCCUUACAGCACUUGCUCUGGACAUCAGCUGUUUGGUGUUUCUUGAAACACUAAUACAGGGAGGCAGCAACAGCAGAGAGAUGGUUAUUUACUCCCUGGGCACAUUUUCUCAAGUCCUAGUGUGCUACAGCUGCUUCCAAGGAUUGCUGGACUUUUCUGCCCCCAUGACUCAACUAUUGAUAGAUUUGUUGCUCUAUUAAUAAUAUCAACCACAUUGCACUGCUUUAAUGGAACAGAUCACAACUUACAUUCUGGAUCUAGUGAAACCUUAAUUGCAUCACCAGUAGAGAGGUUUUUUGCUGGAUAAUUGACUGCUAAAAGGUUAUAAUAAUUCAAAUGUGUUUCAGGGCUCUGCCUGCGUUAUAAGCUAUGACCUUAGCUACAUUCUGUCACACAAAAAUCAUGUGUGCUUAAAUAUUUUUGCAUCCCCCCCCCCAGCAGCCUUUUACACAUGUGCUUAUGUGAUUACCUCUAGAUGUUGUAGGAUUACACCUCCCAUCAUCCCUGACCAUUGGCCAUGUUGCUUGAGUUUGAUGGGAAUUGGAGUCCAGAAACAUCUGGAGGAUACCACAUUGGCUACUCAUGGUGUAAGCAGGUUGGCAUACCUGGACUGGUUAAGGACAUAUUAUUCCACUUUCAGUAAUGUUCCUCACUCCCAUUUGCUGAUAUUACUUGUCUUAUUUUGCAGGGUAUUAUUUUCUUGGCUCUUAAAAUUUCAUGGAUCGAGGUUAAUAUUACCCGUGGCUUCUUCAGGACAGUGCACUACACGAUUCCUGGCCCAUCCUUAAGUCUGCUCUGCAGUGCACAAGAAGACAGAUGAACAUGUUCAGCCGCCACAUCCUUUUGUACUAUUGGACUACCGUACACCUUUCCAUCUUGCUAGCAGUCUUGACAGCUGCUGAAGAUGUCACGAACAGCACUUUAAACCACACUCAUAUGCUCUUAGGAUCUUUGCCUGUGGUUGUCUCCAGAGUUGAUCACAUUAUAGUCAAAGAAGGUUACAGUGCCUUGAUUGACUGCAACGUUCAAGGUAAUCCGGGGCCAGAGUACAAGUGGUACAACUCCAACGGCCGUUUGCUGAAGGAAGAUGGGAAUACAGGUAUGUAACUGUGGAGCUAACACAUGGUCCGUCUAGUGCAAACAUGAGAUGCUACAGUUAUUGUGUUACAUAUUUAUUUUUAAAAGAUAUUUCCCACUUGCCUUCCUGAGCAAAUUCCCUCACAGGGCAGCUUCCAUGAAGUAAAGUACUGUAUACUAGGGGUGGCUAUAUAUGAGGACCCCCAAAGCAUCUUUUUUUUGCUCUGUCCCCCACCAUUUCUUGUAACAGUGGCACAAAUGUGGCAUGAGUUGAGUGGAGAAGUUUAAAUCCUUUGACCUAACCCAACACCCUGAUAGGAAUUCAGCUCUCCUCCUUCCCCUGUCAUCAGCUGGAUCAUUUGAUAGAUUGUGGCCUUUGUGUACAAAUAAGAAUGUGGGGAGUCUCUCCCACUUUGGGCCAUGGUCACCUAUGGCACGCAACCCCUGGAGGACUGGUCAUGGGCGAAGGUGGCCAAAAAUGGUUCACAACCCCUACUGUACACCAUAAGCACAUAAUAACAAACCAUCAUUUAGAAACAGUAAAAUGAAAUAAUCCAUGAAAGUGAUGGCAGCAGCAAAGAUGAGGUCAACGUGACAAUGCCAAUAAGUAAAUAAAGCGCAGCUGAACAUAGAAUGUCAUUUCGGCACCAGUUCAGGUCGAUAGGAUUAGAGAACAGUUUUUAGGAAUAUGUAUCAGUUUACAGCACCUGCGCUCAGUAGCACUAUAUCAGGGCAGGACUUUGGGGCAGACGUCCAGGGCCCUGCCCAGCAGAAUGAGCAGCAAGGCAGGCUUGCCACAUUUUGAAGUAAGUGGAGUAUGGCACAUCGCCAUCUCAUUUAUUUAUUAAAUUUAGAUCCCACAUCUUCCUCUAAAGCAGGCAUGGCCAAACUUGGCCCUCCAGCUGUCUUGGGACUACAACUCCCAUCAUCCCUAGCUAACAGGACCAGUGGUCAGGGGUAAUGGGAACUGUAGUCCCCAAACAGCUGGAGGGCCAAGUUUGGCCAUGCCUGCUCUAAAGGAUCCCGUGUCAAUACUAAAACAAUACAAUUAAAACUCCUUUUUUAAAAACAAAACAGUUCAAAUCUCCUAAUCCCCUUGAAUAGCAGCUGGUGCAGAGCAGCCAUGGGAGAAGAGCCUUGCUUGUGGACUGCUCUGGGGCAGCUGGCUGGGCAAGAAGCAGGUUUUGUUUUCUGCAGUCGCUUCCUGUGCAGCUAACUAUGCGCAGCAGAAACGGGUUUACACAUUUUCUUCCCAAAGAAAGCAAAGGAAGGAACAAGCUGAACUGUGGAGGACAGAAUUUCAGAAGCAGCGUAGGAGGCUUACAGCACAUGCUUUUGUGUUCUGAGCGAUUCCGCUAGAGUUUGAAUGACGCCGCUGGGGCUCAAAAGACCUGCAAUUUGCAGUGAUGUUAUUUAAAGCACUUGCAAAGCACCUCUCACUGUGACAGGCAGGAGGACUGCCUGUGGUGUGCAGGGCAAGACGUGCAAGGGCACAGGGGGCGGCCUUGCCUUUGCCACUGCAAGCCAUCAGCGUUCCCUGCCCAUCUGCUCCCUGCUCAUGCACUCUGCUCUCAGUUUCUUUCCCCAUCUAGUUGCUCUAACCCAAACAGUUAUGUUGCGGUUUCUGGCAUUGGGUGAGUGUUGCAGCUCAGUGGGGGAGCACUGACUUUGCAUGUAGAUGGUUCCAGGUUCAAAUCCUGGUGUCUUCAGGUUCAGCAGGGAAGGACUCCUGUCUGAAAUCCUGGAGAGUUUCUGCCAAUGUGGCCAAUGCUGAGCUAGGUAGGUGGUUGCUUUGUCUCAGUAUAAGGCAGCUCCCUAUAUUCCUGAAAGGUUGGGUAACCAGUGAGGAGAAGCGCCUUUGCCAGAGAGCUCCUGUCAGGCAGAUGAGACAGUACUUGGCUAGAUGAACCAAAAGUCUGACCUGGUAUAAAGUAGCUUCCUAAGGUGGGAGAAGUUGCUUUAACCUCUCUCUUCCCCCAGUUCUGCAUUUUAAUGCCUGUAAAGGUAAAGGGUAAAGGGACCCCUGACCAUUAGGUCCAGUCCUGGCCGACUCUGGGGUUGCGGCGCUCAUCUCGCUUUAUUGGCCGAGGGAGCUGGUGUACAGCUUCCGGGUCAUGUGGCCAGCAUGACUAAGCCGCUUCUGGCAAACCAGAGCAGUGCAUGGAAAUGCCGUUUACCUUCCCGCCGGAGCGGUACCUAUAUGUCUACUUGCACUGGUGUGCUUUUGAACUGCUAGGUUGGCAGGAGCAGGGACCAAGCAACAGGAGCUCACCCCGUCGCAGGGAUUCGAACCGCCGACCUUCUGAUCGGCAAGUCCUAGGCUCUGUGGUUUAACCCACAGCGCCACCCACGUCCCUAUUGCCUAAAAAUGAAUGUAUAUGAGAAAAUCUCUGUUAGGUGCAUUUGAGUCUAUUUAUGUUACUGGGCUUAACCUUGUCUAACUGUGCUAAAUUGUGUUCCUUGGUUAGAAGACUGGUUCAUGUUUCAACUUGCUUACAAAACCACUUAAAUUUCAUUUACUCGCACAAGAUGCAUUGGCUUUUGGACCACAGGAUGCCCUUCAGGUCAGAUGAAUUUAAAAGUUCCAAAGGUUGUUCUUACUUCCUUUAUUUUGAUCACAGCUUGCUGUGCCAGAAUGUGCACACAGCCAGUUUAGCCACUGAGCAAGAUAAACCAUAGCAAUCCUGACAGGAUAUGUUUGGGUUAUUGUCUUGGCCCGUAUAGAAAUGUAAUAAAAUAUAACAAUUAUUAUUAUUGUGGAGACCAAACCUAUGUGGGUGUUCUGCUUGCAUGUAAACCCUAUAUGUGUGUGGGGAUGAAAUAUGCAAGCUCCACCCCACUCCCACCACUCUCCAGCUUUGGAGAGAGGGCGGGGGUCAUGUGAUGCAGGGACAGGAGCUUCCAUUAUUCAUGGAGGAUCACCCCCACACACACCAAGUUUGAGGGCGGCAGGGAUAGCCAUUUGGGGACAGGCUUAGCACACUGUCUUUGCAUUCUCAUGGUCCUAUAUGCACGCAGAAUGCCCAAAUAGGACUGUUGUAGAACAUUAUUUCCAAGUUAUUUGCAGAUAGCAUUGGUGCAUGGUUGUGAUAAAAAAAAUAUUCUGCUGACACUUACUUUGCUUAAACAAAGGCAUUUUACUGAUCACUUUUGCGUUCUUUCCAGCAGGGAAAUGGAUUUUUGACAAUGGGCAACUGAACAUUACUAGUGUGUCAUUUGAGGAUCGAGGAAAAUACAUGUGCGUCGCUUCUAACAUCUAUGGCCAAGCAAAUAACACAGUGACUCUGAGGGUUGUCUUUACCUCUGGAGAUAUGGGGGUCUACUACAUGAUUGUAUGUCUUGUAGCAUUUACCAUUGUCUUGAUCUUAAACAUCACUCGGCUGUGCAUGAUGAGCAGCCACCUAAAGAAGACUGAGAAAGCGAUCAAUGAUUUCUUUCGGACGGAAGGGGCAGAAAAGCUGCAGAAGGCUUUUGAGAUUGCGAAACGCAUCCCAAUCAUCACAUCGGCAAAGACCCUUGAACUUGCCAAAGUCACGCAGUUCAAGACCAUGGAGUUUGCCCGCUACAUUGAAGAGCUGGCUAGGAGUGUCCCGCUGCCCCCUCUCAUCAUGAACUGCAAGACUAUAAUGGGAGAAAUCAUGGAGGUGGUGGGGCUAGAGGAGCAGGGCCAUAACUCUGUCAGGCAGUCAGCUGUAGGACAAGAGACUGCUGAGACGGAAGAGAUGUACAUGAUUCCCAACUCCCUAAAGCGUAGCAACUCUUUCACCGCUGACUCAGACGCUUCCUCUCUGCACGAACCACCGCUGAAGAUUGCGAUAAAAGUGUCGGUCCACCCGUUGGCUAAAAAGGACUGGGUGGAUGACCAGUCACACGGCAGUAUACAAUUGGAAAUUAAAAAGGAGAAGGAAGAGGAAGAGGAAGAAAUUGUCGAAGCGCCAGAAGAACCUCCUGAGCCGGUCUCAGAGCCUCCCAGUGAACCGAACCCUCCUGAGGCAACUCUGGGAAGCAACAUGGACACAUGCACUGUUUACGAAAGCCAUGUAUGACACAAUCUUCAAAUCUAUGCAUAGCAAGAAUAUUAGGUGGAGCACUCUUUAAAAACAAAAACAAAAAGGAUAAUGUUUUUGCCAAUAAGCCUUACCUAAAGACUAUCAUAGCAAAAGCCUGCAUGUAUGGAUUACUGGGCCCUUUCUUCCUGAGGGUCGAACCAGACAUUACGGCUGAAUACACACCAUACAUUUAAAGCGCAUCUCCCCUGCCCCCUCCAAAAAAGAAUGCUGGGAAGUGAAAUUUACCCCUCGUAGCUACAAUUCCCCGCACCCUAAACAAACUACAGUUCUCUGGAUUCUUGGAGGGGUUUAUUUUAAAUGUAUGGUAUGUACCCACUUAGCAUGACUAGCAAUCACACCUGGUUGUGUUUUGGUUUUUAAAUUUAAAUACCACACAUGGGAUUCUCCACUUUUCGACUUGGGUUGGGAGUCUGGGGGUUUGUGGAACCCAGGAGAUUUAACCUUUUCUCUCCAGCCACAACCCCAAUGAACCUCUUCCCUACACUCUGCAUGUGCAGCAUUUAGCAGCAAAAGUUUCCAUUGCUGAAAAAAAUCUGGUCCCACCACACGUCUGAUGCGGAAAGAGGAAACCUUGAUGUAGCUGCUAAUUGUGCUAUGAAAGUCUGGCUCGGCCCUUAGUUUAGUCAGGAGGUUUGUGAAGGAAUAAUUGCUAUUACACUAAUAUGAAUUGCAUUUUAAUGUUCAGGAGAUUUUUUUUAAAAAAAAUCACAAAAUAUUUACCUCAGAAUUGUUUAGGUCAGCGUUGCUUGUGAUGGGUACUUGGAAUCCAUGUAUAGUGCUUGGAAACAGGACUUAUAAGUCUGGGUCCCCAAAGACCCUUGACUUCGGAGCAGGGCUCCUGAAGUCAACGGAACUAUUGUUUUGUUCUACUAUUGAAAUGUUUCUCAGUUUAUGAAACACAGCAAAGAGGUUCUCUCCCCCCCCCCGGCCUGUCUUGCCUCUUUCUUCUCUGUGACUUGCUCCCUUACGUGUCUCUUGUGACUUUGCUCCCAUGAUUCUGUAAUGCUGUUCAAGAGGGAGCAUUUCCCUAGCCAAAUGAAAAUCUGUGUGGGAUGCCAUUUACUAGCGCUUUGUAGCAAGCAAGAAGAAGGUCAGAUGAAUUUAUUUCAUUUGAAAGCAGGCAAUUUGUAUUUAGAGCAUGUGGAGUGGGGGAGGGUGGAGCGGGGGAAAUGUCCUUCUUCUUUUGCUCCUUUGGAAGAAAGAGCCCAACAAAUGUUGCUCCAUGGGGAGGAUACACUAAGCCACUUGUUUCCGUUGGAAGAGGGCUAUUUGUCUCCAGCUAGAAAGCUUUAUACAAACAAUGAGUGCAGUCUGGAGCACAGUUGCCCACUUCCCCAGCUAUGAUGGCCACAUGCAAAGGAGAACUUGGCCCCUUGUGUAAGAGAGGACGUUCUACAGGUGAUGUUUGUCAUGAAGGGACUAGACACAGCGGUUCUCAACCUGUGGGUCCCCAGAUGUUGCUGGGCUACAACUCCCAUCAUCCCUGAGCUCUGGCCUUGCUAGCUAGGGGUGAUGGGAGUUGUAGUCCAACAACAUCAGGUUGCGGGAGGCUGCCCUAACCUAUGCACAAUACUGUUGAAUUGUAAUGAAAUGUGAAUGCAGGUCACUGUGUAGCAUGGGAACAGCACUUGCAAAUCUAUGAUUUGGAGGGGAAUUCAAUUAUUUGCUCAGAUGUUUGGAAAGAAGCCAUUAGACCUCUGUGAAGUCAAUGAAUGUAAAUCUACACUGGCAUUUAUGGGCAGCCUGGUAUUGGGCAAGUCUUGAGCUGAAGGAUAACUUCACUGCAUAAAUUAUGUGAACGUAUUGAAGGAUGCAGGAUGUAACAAUCAUAGUGAUCUGGUUUAUAUCUGAUUAGUUAUAAUGUAGGCCCACUGGCGCCAAUCACUGUAGCACAGAUGGUCAUCUUAGCUUAGCUCCAGCAGAUUCUACUUCCAAAAUGUCACCAAGAAGCAUAUAGUUUUCCUACAAGAUCAACUCUUGCAUAGCCAGAGAGUCAUUAUGUAUAUACUUUAAUAGACAGCCUGUGCUAAGGAAAAGAUAGCAGUACAUUAAAUGUUCACAUGAAAUGUCUUCUGAUCUCACUGAGGCUCCUUUUAGGAAUCUCAGAAGAGACCUACUGGAUCCAACACUACUGGAUCAGAUGCAAAGGCGACAAGUCUGUGUGGAUGAGUGUACUUGCUCCACCUCCCGUUGUUCUGGUCACUCUCCGUGAGAUGAGUGGAGACUGCCCUCUUGUACUUGUGAAUUCUCCCUACACAUUUUAGAACACUGAGGGAUUCUUAAAUCUGCAAGGAGCCUCCACAAUUACAGGGCAGCCGACUCUCAACUUGUGGAGGAUGCCAAGAAUGGCAAUGUGGGUGUGCCAGCACACACACAUACUCCUCGUGUAUUUAUUUAGUAUGCCAUGCAAAUGUCUUAGAUGGGGCUUUUGUUAAAAAGGAUUUCUUAAGCUGCCAUAAGUUGCAUGUACAGUCUUAGCACUUAGAUGCCUAUUUGAUUGCUGUCACUACUCAGGAAUUUAUAGAUCUAAGCAGAGCCUUUGCCCCAAGAAAAAGCUCGGAUGAGUUAGAAAGAGAAGUAAAUUAACUCAAACGUUCUCCUUUCCCUCUCUGCUUUCAGCUUUUCUUCCUUCCAUUCAUUCACUUAGAACUCCUUCCUUGUGUGCAGCUAUUCACAAGACCUAUACAUUAGACUAUAGCUACUUAACCUGGAGUCACCAUAUUUAAAUCCAUGUGACUUUUCCAUAGCACAUGGUCCAAGAAUUAAGCUUGUCCAAAGAUUAAGCCCUGUCUUUCAUCUAUUUACAUGUCUGUUAAGUUCGGAUGUGGAUAUACUGAGUGCUGGGCUGCAGACUUCCCAUUUUACUUUGUGGAAUUUCCUAGCUUCUAUAUCCCUUCAAGAUGAUGUUAUUUGGGGAGGGGGGAAUUUUUUUGGGGGGGGGAAUUCCAUAAAUUAGCAUUUUAGCUUUGGAAUAGUUGUGCAUCAGUAACAGACUACAGGCCUAUACACACUUAGCAUGAGAGUAAAUCCCGUUGUACUCAGUGGAACCUCUGAGUAGACAUGUGUAGGAUUGCACUGUUAAAUGCAGUAUACUGUAACAGCAAAAUGAAAUUUCAAAAGGAGCGUAGAUGCUGCUUAUUGCCUAUUAUUUUUAAAGGCAAUCCUUUUCUUAACAGUCUUACUGUGUUCAGUAUUUGAUAUGCACAGGCAAUGAGUCAUGCAAACCUCAGACUAGAUAAAGUUCCUGCCCUGGAGAGCUUGCAACUGAAAACCAAGAUUAAUACAUGAACAGGAGCAAAUGGCACAUGCAGCUUAUGUUUAUUUUGUGCAGCACUAUAUAAACUAAAUGGCAGCAGGUUAAGACAACAAAGGGUCUCCUAGCAUUUUAAAGAUUUAACCAAUUUAAUCUUUUGUGCACAAGAAUUUACUUCAGCCAAUUUGAACCUGUUUCCCUCCAGAAGUUUUGAACUGCAAACUCCCUUCAGCCCCAGACAGCACCUGGAACAGUAGCAGGGUUCAUGAGAGUUGUUGUCCAAAACAUCUGGAAAGCACAACGUUGUGGGAGGCUUCUCUACAUCAAGUGCAUGGCGUUAUCCUCAGUUGUAAGAUGUAUGUAUUCAGGGGGUGGGAACUAAAAAAUGGCAUUAAAUAGCAAUGACGUGCACAAAAGUACCACCUGUAACAGUUAAAUUAAAGCUUUAAAAUGUAUGCAAAAUAACCAUAGCGAUCAUCAGGCUGAACCAAGCAGCUUGGUUCUUUGACAGUGUCUUGGCAAAGCAAAAACAGAAAGGAACACUUCUCACCAUAUGUGCUGUUCUUUCCUGCGUUUCCAUGUGUCAUUGUCGGCUCUUAGCAGGGCUCUGGAAUGUGGUCUUAGGCUAAAAGCUCAAGAAGAACCCUUUCCCUGUCAGGGUGAAGGUAACUCCACAAAUAAGAGGCUUGAGGAGCUACAUCACUGGAUUAUGGUUUAAAUAGGUUGUGCAGGAAGAGCCAAUGUGGUAUGUCUCCAUGUGUUGUUGACCUACAACUCCCUCCAUCCCUGAUCAUUGACCAUGGGCCUGAUGGGAGUUAAAAAGGUAAAGGGACCCCUGACCAUUAGGUCCAGUCGUGGCCGACUCUGGGGUUGUGGCGCUCAUCUCGCUUUAUUGGCCGAGGGAGCCAGCGUACAGCUUCCGGGUCAUGUGGCCAGCAUGACUAAGCCGCUUCUGGCGAACCAGAGCAGCGCACGGAAAUGGCGUUUACCUUCCUGCCGGAGUGGUACCUAUUUAUCUACUUGCACUUUGGCGUCCUUUUGAACUGCUAGGUUGGCAGGAGCAGGGACCGAGCAACGGGAGCUCACCCCGUCGCGGGGAUUCGAACCGCCAACCUUCUGGUUGGCAAGCCCUAGGCUCAGUGGCCACCCGCAUCCCUCAACAAAUUGUAGAGGGCACCAAAUUGGCUACUCCAGGGGUUAGUGUCAUUUUAUCACAUCUCAGAUACAAAAGGACCUAUGACGCAGGCUAAAUACUUCCGUGAAUGUGCUUAGUCUAAAACAGAAACCCAUUCUUGGAAGGGUGAACUAGCUAUUGAUUCCUUAAUGCAGCUUUUUUUGUCUCUUCUUAAAAGAUGUGUUCCUGCCCUCUGCUUGUCAGCUUAUCUUACAGGGGCUGCACUUUAAGAUGCCAGUGUCUGCCUAUUUUUUUCUGAAUUGUUAACUGUGAGUCUAGUAUACCAGGAGAACUUGUGGCUUUGUCAUUCUUCUGCUCAACAGAUAAAUUAAAAAAAAUGUACUGUAAUGUAUCAACAGGUUUUCCUAACCUAAGGCAGCGCGUCGACUACUGCUCAAGCAACUGUAAUCAAUGUUAAAGUGUUAAGUAUUCAUUCAAGCCUGAACUUAGAGAAUUGCCAACAAUUACCUGGGCCAGAGGUGAACAACUACCUGUGGCUCUCCAGAUAUUGUUGGGCAUCAACCUCGGACAGCAAGUCCAGCAGUCAGGGAUGAUGGGGGUGUUUCUUGUUGUCCAUCCUGACUGUGGCUAUCCAGGCCAAACACUAUUUAUGGACUGCAAACCUAUGUUCACAGAAUGUAGAAUUUCUGCAUUUUCCUCGCUGCAAAGAAACUGCUUGCACUGAAGCUAAUGUUGUCUUCAUUAUUUCAGGACAAAUGUAAUGAACAUGAGUAUUCUGCUGCACAAAUGCGUAAUUGCCGUGUCUUGAUUUUUAAGAAGAGCACAUGCUGAGAGUUUUUUGGCUGACUGGCAGUAACUGGGAUACAGACACAAGUUAAUUACAGGAAGUUCACACAGAGGGGGUGUUUUCUGCCCCCUCCCACCCUCAGCAGACCUUGUGUUCCAUUAAAACCUCCUUUCUGAAAGUAAGUUCAAUGAAAGAAAGUUACCUGUUUUUUUCUUUGCCCAGCAGCUCACCCUACAAUCCACUAUGAGAAAGGAUGGCACCCUCUGAGGCCCUUCUCUGGGUACCCCUCUGAGAGAGGCUUGGAGAGUGGCAACAAAGGAGAAGGCCUUUUUUGUUGUAGCCCCGCUGCCUG